UUAAUUUAAAAUUGUCAAAACUUAACAACGGGUGUAUAAAGCAACCAUCAUGAGUCAUGUAGGUGUUCUCAAAGAAGUGGAAGACUUUCUGAGAAAAGAUCUUGCAAGAGAAGUGCUCAGUACUCGGACUAAGGAUAAAAGAACGGCACUAAUAAAUAAAGUAUCGUCAUGUAUUACUGAAGCAAACGAAAGAAAUACCAAGGACGAAUUUGCCUCUAAACAAAGAGAAACAUCACGGAUGCAGGCUACGAAUACGAAAAUACCGAAAACACCUGGAAAGGUUCAAAUUGACGAAGAUUCGGAUGAUGGCGAUUAUUACAUGGAUCUCACUGAUAUAAACGGAGGUCCUGCCAUGAACAGUAGUCUCAGUCCUCCAAUCACAGAAAGUUAUGGAAGUGGAUCUGGAUAUGAAUCUUAUGCAUCGGAUGAAGAUAGUUCAACGAGACAGAAGUCUAACGAAGAAGAAGAUUUGAAUUCUUAUUUUUCCCAUUCUGAUUGCGAUAUUUUCAGUUAUAUUUAUCUCGAAAACAAGACGAAAUUUUUAAAAGGCAAAAAAUGGGCAAAGAGAAUCGGAAUUGUCAAAGAAAAACAUUUGAAGUGUUACAAGAAACCAGGUGACUCAACUGCAGUAUUGGAUAUACCAUUGCGAGGAUACAGCACUACGUUGAAAAAUAAAGAAGGAACUUCCGAUGUCAUAUUUAUUCUUGCUGCUGGUCCCAACGACGGUGAUGCUCACAAGUUUUAUGUGAUGCGUGAUAAAGUGGAAGAUUGGUCUAGAGUUUUGAAAGAAAUAACGCAUUCGGUAUCUGACACAACAAAUCUUCCUCCUCCCGUUGCUGUCAGGCCUACUAGUACUCUACCUCCACUGCCAGCUCAAAAUGCUUCAAGUAGUGCUACACAACAACGGGUGCAACACGCUUCAAUACAAAGAACACCUUCAGUUGGAGUAGCUGAAAGAGCAAAAAGUAUGGGAGAUAUAUCUGUAGUUAUGACAGAUUUAAGUCCGCCACCUGUACCUCCUGGACACCCAACUAUGAACUCAACACCAACACAAUUAAAUUAUAUUGGCAAAGGGCUCAAAAGUGCUAUGACAGAUAUGUUCAAAAAAGACAAAACGAAGAAAAGAAUUUCUGUUGCGGAGAAUCUGGGUGCUUCAGUUUGCGGAUAUCUUCUCGUGUAUGAUACCAAAUGGUCGAAGAAAUGGUGCCUGGUUAAAGCAAAUAAAUUAUUAAUAUACGGAAAAGAAGAAACCCCCGAAGUUCAAGUAGAACUGACAGGAUGUGAUUUGCUCCCGUAUUCGGACGACCAGGAACGACAAUUCGGCUUUAAACUUUUGAAAGACGGACAAGAAAUAGUGUAUAUGGAGGCAAAUUCUUCAACAGAGAUGGGAAAAUGGGUCGGUGUGUUGAUUGCAGAGACAGGGUGUGCAGAGAUGCCAGAAUCAGAACCACAAUACAUGUCAAUAGAAGUUCGAACAAGUGUGAUGUCGUCAGCAAAACAGGCAUUUCAUAAUCAGAGAGAAACAAUGACUGAAAAAAAAGCUGGCAAGUCAAAGUUCUACAGUGAGGAAGUCGAGGAGGAAGAUGAGUUAUAUAUGGACCUUGCAGACUCCCAAAUAACGCCUCAAAAUAUCUCACCUCAAAAAAUAUUUCCUCCUCCUCUUCCUGCGACCAACCUCGGUUCCAGCAAAAAUCAGGAAUCGGAAAAUUCAACUGAAAGCGCUAAAGAUAAAGACAAAAAGAAUAAAAAGACAAAAAAGGCUGUUAAAAAAACUAACUCGGAUAAGAAAAGUGAUAAAACUGCGGAUAUUAAAAAAGAAAAACAAAAGCAAAGGAGAAAGGAGGAAAAGCCACAACCAAGUUCACCAAUAAUAAACUCUCCGCCAGUAUCCAUGCAAACAAGAGAAAUCAAAAUAGUCGACAAUAAAAAUACAACAAGCAAGCAAUCAAAUGAUACAGUAAAAGGUGCUACAACAAGUAAUAAAGAAACAACUCCAUCUCGUAAUAUGAUGGAUGGUAGGCGAAAGGAAAUGUCAGAAAAAAAAGCGGACAUAAAAACGAAACUUAUUACUCUGAAUGUCAAAAAAGACGAGCUAAAUAAAUAUAUUCAAGCCGCAUCUACCGAAAAAGAACGAGGUAGAUUAAGAAUCAUGUUGCAGAAAGUCAAUCAAGAGCAUAGUAAACUGGAACGGGAAGACGUAGCACUGGAAUUAGAGAUGAGGAAGAUGAAAGAUGAAUCGUAUGACAUCGAUUCUCCGGAAAAUAAGCGGCCACCAUCACGACGAGAACGCAAACCAAUUAACACUGGAGCGACAGGAAAUGUUUUAUCUAAAGCUCAGAUGAUUUUACUGAACUCAGAUGCUCGGUACCAGUCAACGAUUCAAAAAUGUAACUGAUAACUUGUAGGCAGCAUGUCUUAAACAAUCAUACUCUUUUCAAUUUGCUCACACCAACCUGAUACAAGUCAGCGCCAGUAGAAUAAAUUUUAAAUAAUUCCAGCUUCGGGCACAAAAUCCAUAUUCUUCUUUUUAUUGUAGUUGCAUACAAAUAAUCAAUAUAUUGGCUACAUCACUAUAGUAUACACGCAAUGAAUUAUGAUGUCAUCUCAAACCUUUUUAAUUUCAAAUGACCUAAACAGUUGAACCUAGUUGACGUAGCGUAGAAUGACUGAUUCGAAAAUAAAGUGUAAAUGUAGUUGAAGUAGACGAUGCAAUUUUGCCAGUGUGACAUUAUGAUAUAUAGAAUUUAUUAUUUUGUUGCUUUUUAGAUAAACAUAUUAUAUUGUGGAAUUACCGUACACGUGGUAGCGUUCAAUAUCACUGCGUGUAGAGUUAUCUCCCGCCCCGAUACAUAUAUAUAUAUGUAAUGCAUAUAGAAUGUUUGUGUUGCAUUUCCGUAGUUUUUUUGAUAUCAAGAGACAUACACCUACUUUUGUCAAUAUAGGUGAUAUUUGAGAUAGUAAAUUUCUUCAAACGAAUUCUGAGUUCAAUUUCUCAAAAUGUAAAAAAUUGGCAAAUUAUCAUUUUUUACAGACUGAACUUU